AUGGAUCGAGGGAUUGCAGGCCAUGUGGCAUCUACCGGUGAAGGCCUGAAUAUCGAAGAUGCCUAUGAGGAUAAUCGAUUCAAUCCAGAAGUUGAUUCAAAAACCGGAUACACCACCAAGACGAUCCUCUGCAUGCCAAUUUUCAUACGCGGAAGCGUUAUUGGUGUGGUACAGAUGGUGAACAAGCGUGAAGGUGUGUUUACAAAAUCGGACGAGGACAGUUUCGAAAUGUUCGCCGUCUAUUGCGGUUUAGCGCUCCAUCAUGCCAAGCUCUACGAUAAAAUUCGACGAUCUGAGCAGAAAUAUCGCGUAGCCUUGGAGGUCUUGGCCUAUCACAGUGUCUGUAACAAGGACGAGGUGGCGAAGUUACAAAAAAUGGAAAUUAAAGAUCGAGUUGAGGAGUUGGAGACAUUUGAGUUCAAUUAUUUACGGAUGUCUGAGCUUGAGAAACCCCUCUAUGCUAUUGCAAUGUUCAAAACGCUUUUCCAAGAGCAAUUCCGAUACGACCGUGACGAGCUCAUUCGAUUUGUAUUGACAGUACGGAAAAACUACAGACGAGUCGCCUACCACAACUGGGCUCAUGGAUGGUCUGUGGCACACGCGAUGUUUGUUGUCCUCAUGCACCAUACGUCUGGAGAUCUCUUUACUACUCAUGAGGCUCUGGCUCUAUAUGUCUCCUGCCUUUGUCAUGAUCUCGAUCAUCGUGGAAAGAAUAACGCCUACAUGAAGUCGAUGAUGACGCCGCUGGCCAGUAUCUACACAACGUCUGUAAUGGAACAUCACCCAUUUCAAAUCAGACCGUCACCAUUUUACAGCAGUGUAUGGAUCCGUUAUGCGUCAGUAAAUAUUAACACCAUUGCGGACCGCCGUACUCCAGGUCAUUUCAUCAAGAGAGCACGUAAUUCAUACAGUAAUCUCGCUCCUUAA